UUGUCGGAUCAAAUUUCAGUCUUAAUUAGGACACAGAAUGAGUUGACCUGAAUUCUGUGUCAAAUGCUAUACACUUCGAGGCGACUAGAGUCAGUGCUUCCAUCUUCCAAAGAAGAAGCUAUUAAGUUUUCAGAUUCAUCUGCUGAUGGAGCGAACGAGUCUUUAUGGUGCUUCCAUCUUCCUUCUUAAUGCUCCAGCUGCCAUCUCCAGCCAGUCAUCAUCCCUUUCCUUUCUCUAUCACCUUCAUUCUUCUUGUGUGCGUUUCUCGUUUCGCAGUGGUCGAAGGUUUUCUUCGAUCCCCAUCCCUCGUGUAGACGACCCCAACCAGCUCUUGAGUUAUGUGAGGAAACAUUGCAGAAAUGGAGGUGUGUUUAAGAGUGUCAGUGAUGCCUCGUAUUGCUUCAAUAAAAUGAUAAGGACAAACCCUUUGCCUUCCGCCAGGGAUUUUAGUCUACUGUUGGGUGGUAUAGUGAGGAUGAAGCAGUACUCCACUGCAGUGCGGUUGAUUGAGCAGCUGCUUUGGUUGGGGAUCGAGCAUGAUGUUGUUUUGCUGAAUACUUCAUUGAAUUGCUUUUGCUGUUUAAAGCGGGUUGAGUUGGGAUUGUCUAUCCUGGGCAGAAUCUUCAAGCUCGGAUUUCACAUCGAUGUGGUCACAUCGAGCACCCUAAUUGAUGGUCUCCUUAUUAAGGGAAAAACUGAUCAAGCGUUGAGGUUCCUCGAUGAUAUGGUUCUAAAUGGUCCUGCACCUGAUGAGAUCACGUAUGCGAUGAUUGCGAAGGGGUUAUGCAGGGCAGGUAACACCAGAUUGGCGAUUGAAUUGCUAAGGGAUUGGGAAGAGAGAAGUUGCAGGCUUAAUUCCUUCACAUACAGCAUAGUAAUAGACAGUCUUUGCAAGGAGGGAUUGAUCACAGAAGCGUUGAGACUGCACGAAGGUAUGAGUAGGAAAGGCAUUGAACCAGAUGUUGUUACCUAUAACUCCUUGUUCCACGGUCUGUGCAAUGUAGGCCGGAUGGACGAUGCCCUCGUAUUGUUGGAACAGAUGACAAGCAGAGGCAUCCAACCGGACUUGCUCACUUAUAGCACGUUGGUUCAUUGCUUAUGCAAUCUAGGCCAAUGGAAAGAUGCUGCGGUCUUGUUGGAGAAGAUGACGAAGGCCGGAAUUGAACCGGACGUCAUUACUUAUACUUCCGUCAUUCAAGGAGUGUGCACUUUCGGCCAAUUGAAGGAGGCUCGAAGACUGCUGAGUCAUAUGGUGCAAAGCAGAGUAACGCCGGAUGUUCAAACCUUCACUAUUUUGGUGGAUGCGCAUUGUAAGGAGGGAAUGCUCGUGGAGGCAGAGGCCAUAGUCAACCAUAUGAUUCAAUUAGGUAAAAUGCCUAAUAGUUUUACUUAUAAUGCAUUGAUGAAUGGCUAUUGUUCGCAAAAUAGGAUGAACGAUGCUAUGGAAGUGCUUAAUUUAAUGGUUGAAAGAGGCUGCUCACCUGAUGUUGUUUGUUAUAACAUAUUGAUUAACGGAUACUGCAAAGCAAGAAGAGUUGAGAAGUCAAAGAUGCUUUUGGGAGAAAUGUUGCAAAGGGGCGUGAUUCCUGACAUCAUCACAUACAGAAUACUCGUAAGCGGAUUUUGCCAGGUUGGGAACCUUGAAGCUGCGGAGGGGCUAAUUAACGAGAUGCAAUCUCGUGGUCUAUCUCUAGAUCAUUAUACCUCGAGUGCUUUCUUGGAUGGCUUGUGUAAAAUUCAGCAAAUCGACAAGGCCAUGAUAUUGCUUGGAAAGUUGGAAGAUUCCAAAUUCGUCCCUGACAUUGUGGCUUACAAUAUCCUAAUAAACGGCAUGUGUAAUGACGGAAAGCUCGACAAUGCUAAGGGGCUGUUUAAUUGUUUGCAUACUCGAGGCUUGCAACCUGAUGUGCGGACAUAUACCAUUCUCAUGCGUGGGUUGUGCAAAGGAGGAUGCACGGACGAAGCAUAUCAGCUCCUAAAGGAGAUGGAAGGAAAUGGACUCUUUCCAGAUGGGGUCACUUAUAACACCAUAAUCAAAGGACUGCUAGAAAACAAGGAAAAUACUCGAGCAGCACAACUUGUCAAUGAAAUGGUUGAAAGGGGUUUUUCUGCAGAUGUAGCAACGAUGGAAUUGUGGGUUAAAUAUCUCGUGACAAAUGGAGCUUCUUCCUUUCCACGUUGAACUCUCCAUUGUCUCUGAGAUCUGUCCAUUUUUUCAUCUGAAAUGUGAUGAAGAGUAAAUCAGAUUUGCGGCGAGUUUUCUUCCAAA